UUUUUAUAAUUAUCUACUCUCAUUUUUCAGGAAUACUUUUAUUCGACUCUCAUGUUUAGGUAAAAUGAAUGUCUUUUAAAGAAAAAUCAAAAUCAUACUUUAACCCCAGUUUCGUUGCAGAAUUUUGAAAUUCAGCCAAACUAGUAAUUAAAGAAUCUGAGAGUCAUGCCCCGUAUUCACAAAAUACUUCGAUUUCAAUUGAAUUUGAGUUUAAAAUUUCAGUAUCAGUUUACUAAAACUUGAAGGUUGAAUUCCAGCUGAGACUGACCAGCAUACUGAAUAGCCACUUGAAAGUAGUUUUAACUUAAAAUCUUCUAGUAUUUAAGAAGUAAUAAGUUCCCAAACGUGGUUUAUCGUAGAACUACCCGAGUUUUGAGUUCUUAUGCGUAGAAAUAUAUCACGAAGGCCGUAAGCCUUGUUUCACAUAAGAACGAAAACCUCCGGUUAUUCUACAAUAAAUCACACUCGGGAACUUAUUAUUUUGAUUCUUACACGACAUACUAGUAUCAACAGUGAAAAAAAUGGUAACUACUUUUUACGACCGUGCUACGCACCUGGAUCGGAUGACGUCAUUGCGCACGAGUGGUUUAUUGCAGAAUAACCCGAGACAAAUUUUGCUCUACAUUUAUGUAGGUUAUUUGCUGGUCGUGUUAGAAUUAGAUCAAACUCAUGCAGCUAAGACAAACAUAGUUUUCUGAACAUAGGGUCAGAUGUCCAUUUUUUUCAUAAUCUCAUAGUUAGGUAUAAUGUCCUCAAAUUUUGUAUUUGAAUUAUGAACAGUAUAUAUAGUUUAUGCAAACAUUAUAAUUUGAAAAUAUGAACAAUUAUUGAAUAUACAUCCCUCUCCCAGCUGGUAGUUCAUGAACAAUUUUAUAUAUUUUAACAGUUAAGGUAGUUCUACACGUUUUGAUAGAAAGUUUUUCUACAAUGUAGAAUUUGAUUAAACUCUGAUUUUUCAAAACUUCAGAAUAUACCUAGAAAAUUCAGCAACUAAAAAAGGAAGGGUCGUGCUUGAUAUUAUGCUAGACUGAUUUGAAAAAUACGGACCUCACGCAAUAUUUCAUAAUACGAGUAUAUGGGAAAAUCAUAAUUUUCAUAACAUUUUCGCGAAUAGAAUUUUUUCUACAAUAUAGAUUUUGAUGAAACUUCUCACAGUUGUGAAUAUAUACAUGACCUUUUAUUUGAUGAAAUAAAAUGUAUAGGCCCGUGUACUUAUUUUUGAGAUAUAUGACGAUGAGUAAAGCGAACCGGACAUUUUACGCUAGUUUUAAGACGUUAAUUUGAAUUAUUUAACGUGUCGUAUGUUUUAAUAUCAUAUUUUGAGUUAAGAAAUAUUGCAGCACUACCAUUGUAAUUAACUUACUCACAGGUUGCGAUUAAUUGAUAAAAUGAUUUUCAUUUCCGAACGCUGAGUCCAUGCUUUAUUCUACGUUUUCCGGAUAAAUGACGUUACGCCAUUACUUCGGUAUAUAAAACGUGUAGAACUACCUUAAAUGCAUUAGGUUCAUAAUAGAACACAUUUGAUAAAUAUCUAGAUUAACACAGUAUAAAUGUGUUUUGUUUGUUUGUUUUGGGUUUAACGCCGUUUUCAACAGUAUUUCAGUCAUGUAACGGCGGGCCGUUAACCUGACCAGUGUUCCUGGAUUUUGUACCAGUACAAACCUGUUCUCCGCAAGUAACUGCCAACUUCCCACAUGAACUAGGGGUGGAGGGCGAAUGAUUUCAGACACAAUGUCGUUUAUCAAAACGUCACGGAGAACAUACGCCCCGUCCCAGGAUCGAACGCACGACCCCGCGACCCGUAGACCGACUCUCUACCUACCGAGCUAAGCGGCCGGGUUAGUAUAAUUGUGUUCGUCCUUUAAAAACACAAUAUGAAUAUGUUCUUCCUUUAAAAAAACAGUUUUUUUUGUAACAUCUGAUACCAUAAAACAUUUUUAAAAUUAUGAAUACAGUUCUACAUUAAUGAAACUUAACCAGUAGGUUUACCUCAAUAAAUUCUCAUAAUGCUUUAUCUGGGGUCAAAAAAUAAGUCACUUGGUGAAAUCUUACUAUCCUAAAUGCUACAUCUUCAAACCUGAGCUACAUAAAAACUUAGAAUGUUUGUAUUGAUAAAAUACAGGUCAGGAUUAACACUAGGUCUUUUAGGGUUGAAAAAGGUCAUUUGGUCAAGUCAUAGAAAACCCUAUUGAUGCAUUUCCAUUCUGCAUGAAACUUAGUCAGAAAUCUGAGCAGUCACCUUCAUGGAAUCAUAUGAAUACUUGCUGACAGACUAUAUGGGGAACUCUGAAUCAAGUUCAAAACUUGUUUGUCUAAUGUCAAAAACUAGGUAAAUUAUUAAAUACUGUUAUAAUAUUAUAGUUUAUUUGGGACUUAUUUUGGUUAUUCCUUUUAUGUUUUUUUAUUAUUAAUUAUGGUUUUUAUGGUAUUUUUUAACUUUGAAUUUCACAACAGUCAACUAGAAUCCUAAUCCUAAGGUUUUUAAUAUUAAAAAACAGGUCUCUAUGUAAAAUCUUACCAUUGACAGGAGUAAAAACAAAAUGUAGGUUGUUUUUAGUACUAAGUGUGAAAUAUGUUUAUUUAUGCAGUCAAACUUUGCUUCCUUGAACUUAGAUUAUUUGAGCACUGCCUCUCUCUUAAAGUCAUCAUUAGAUUCCAGCAAAAUCCCUGUAUAAUGUAAAUUGUUCAAUGAUUUGAACUACUGAUAACUCAAAACAAAUUUUGCCGGUCCUGUAAAGUUUAAAUAACGGAAGUUUGAUUGUGAAGUUAUAACGUUUCAGAGCCAUGUCCUGUUGGUACAUACUCAAAAACAGGAUAUAAUGUAAAUGGCUGCACAUCAUGCCCAGUGAACUUUUACCAAGAUCAAACAACACAAAGGACUUGCAAGCGUUGUCUUGACAACCAGAGGACAUCUACAGCAGGAAGCAUCAGCUUUAGUAAUUGCACUGAUGUCACUGAUGUAUGUGACAGAACAACUUGCAAUGAUAAUGGUGAUUGUUCAUACAAACGUGGUUAUAGGGAGUGUACGUGUGAUCUUGGUUACUAUGGUGAUAGAUGUGAGAAUAUGUACCAUAUUUGUGAAGGAAAUCCCUGCACUAAUGGGGCCACGUGUGUUAGAGGGGCAUCUCCAGCAGAUUACACUUGUACCAGUAGAACAGGAAAAAUGUGCAGAGACCCUGGCACUCCUGGGGAUUCUAAACAGAUAGUAAAUGGAUAUGAGAUUGGUUCAGUUCUUAAUUACACAUGUGACAGAAGUGGAUUUACAGUAACAGGCCCUACAUAUUACACAUGUGAUUACAUUGGUAAUGAUGCAGUGUGGUCAAACAGUCUAGCUGGAAAUCUUCCUGAAUGUAGAGACACAGAAACUCCAACGUUUAGUGGUAGCUGUGGACAGACAUAUGACCUUGAUGCAGUUGAUCGAGUGUUCUUCACACCUGGAACAGCCAGUGAUAACUUUGCAGUGGCCUCAUUCAGUAGGACUGAUCCUUUACAGUCUGGUGACAGGUUGCUUGUUGAUACCUCAGUAACUUACACCGCGAGAGAUUAUGAAGGAAAUAAAGAAACAUGUACAGUUACUUUUAAUGUUAUAGCGAAGGUCAAAGAAUGCAAAAUUAUAUACCUACUUUCCUCAAACAGGCCACUGUGAUGGCGUAUGUGUUUUACAAUGAUGCAUAUUUUAAAAAGUUUCCACCAGUGACUUCAGUGAGAAAGAG